UUUAAUUUCUUCACCAGACGACUGAAAUGUAAUUCGUCUAGACCCUAAACAUAACUCCUAAACUUAAUUAACUAACUAAACACUUUAUAAAAUUAAAUUAAACUUCAAAAGUGUUUACUAUACACAAAAAUAAACACUUAUAGGUAAAAAAUUAAUUUUUCAAAAAAACAUUCAAGCUUUCCAAAAUCUAACCCUAAGAAUACAUACAAUGCUACAACAUAUGUUGCCAAACCCUAGACCAAAGAAUACUAUGAUUCACUACUUACACUCGUCUAUGUUGAAAAUAAUUCAAUUUUGUUAUAUUUUAAUUUAUAUCACUUAAAACUGUUUAUAAUUACAUGAUUAUAAUUUUUCGCUUAUCAAAAUAUUUUUUUAAAAAAUUAUAAAUUAUUUUAAGAUCAGCUACACCAGAAGACUUACUUUGAAGUCGUCCAGACGACUUCCAACAUUUCAGACGACUCAGACGACUUACUGGGGCUAUAUUCGUAAAAAUGGCUUCUGUUUUUUUGUUUGGUCACAAGGGACAGUGCUGUAAUUUCAUAAGGCUUUUAGGUUAGUUUUGCAUUUGAUUCAAGUUAAGGUAUAUGUUUGAGGUUAAAAUCAAGUUGUGGGUUAGUUUUAGCAAAUUCCCCUACUUUUUAUCACUUUAAUCCGUCCUUAUUAAUAUUUUCUUGUAUUAAUACAUAAAUAUAGAAAUAAUUAAUAAAAAAUAAAAAGGUAUGCAAAACCCACGUAUUGACGUACAUAGUUUAGAAAACCAACAAAAUAUGGUUUUUUGGUUUUGCUUGAAUAUGGGUAGUUAACACAAAAUCUAGUUUUCCUAUUUCUUAGGGAAUCUAUUUUUUUAAAAAUCCUUAUUGAUAAAAAUAAAAAACCAAAAAUUAGUGUAGAAUCUGCAAACAAUCAACCUCCUACUAUUUUUUCCUCAAAUCAGUUAUAACUUAAGAUUUCAAAUUAUUUAGACGGCCAUUUACCAACCAAUCCGGUUCACUUUUUAUAGACAAAAUAGGUUUAGUCCAUUUAAUUUGUUUUGCAUAUGAGUUUUGAGGUUUCGUUAGAUAUUACUCCCUCCGUUUCAUAUUAGUUAUCGUUUUAGAGUUAGAAUUUUAUUUCAUUUUAAGUGUUGUUUUAUAUUUUGAAUGCAAAAUUUAUUAAUAAUAUUAUCUUCUUUUCUUUUGAAACACUAACAAUAUUAUCUAUUUUAUAUUUCUAUUGGUUGAAAUAUGGUUAAGUGUAUAUGUAAUGAUGUUUUUAGUUUAGAAAUAUGAAAAUUAAAUGUUUUUUUAAUAUAUGUGCAUAGACCUAAAACGACAACUAAAGUGAAACGAAAAGUGUUUAUUAGAAUUCUUUUUUAGUAAAAUACUAUUUACUAAGAUUGCUUUUGUUUUUUAGAAUUCGUAGAUACAUUUAACAAAUUAUACAGAUUUAAGGGGUGUCACAAAUUAUACAUGAUAUCCCAUUACUAUAGGUCAGCCAUUGGGAGUAGCUAAGCUAGGUUCGUAAAGGCAGGCUACUCUCUUCGGGGAAUGGGUUCUAGGAUGCAUCGGUCAGUAUAUGGUUUAAGAAUAGUGCUCCAAAGUCCAAACUUGUCUUCUCUUUUUGUUUGCUAAAAGUCCAAAAACUUGUUCACCCAUAUCACAAUCUAGACGAAGAUGAUCUCUCUUCUCUGCUUAUGUAAAAUAAACAGGUCGUUGAUGCACCGGUCAGUUUUUACCAAUGGUCAAACCGAAACCUAUUUUUUGAUUUUGAGCGUGAAAUUAUACAAGAACCGUGUUCAACAUUAUCUCCAUUACACUUUUUUUUGAAUUUUUUAGUUUUUGUUAAAUUAAGUAAUUGAAAAAUUAUAAACGUUGUACUUAAAAAGAAGCAUUCAUACAGAUACGGAGAAAUCCAGUCAAAUAAAAAACCUUAUUUUAUAUCUUCAAAUAUAAAUGAUAAUGUGCCUAAUUUUGUCCUCCGAGUAUUUUAUUCUGUUUGUUUUGGAAAAUAAUUUUAGCUAGAGAUUUCAUUAGACGACUUCAAAAUUUAAUGUUAGAUAUAUGUACUGCCAUAACUAUAUAUAUGGCUGAUCUUCCUCACGUUAAAACCAAGUUAUAUAUUAUCACAUGAGUAAAGUAACAAAUUAAUACAGUAUUAUAUAUUUAGCAAUAAUAACCUAUCUUUUCUUUACAAUUUCUCUUCAUCUUCCAAUAAGAGAGAGUAAAAGAGAAUCAAAACAUGGCUAAUCUUCGUCUAAUGAUCACUCUAAUCACCGUUUUGGUUUAUUUACUUCCGAGCUUUGCUAAAUCGUCAGAAAGCACUAAAGUUAUUACUCUACCUAAGUCCCUAAACCUCACCCUCCUCACCGAUCCUUCAACCAUCUCCACCGCCUCUCACGAUUACGGAAACGUUACCGCCGUGACACCCGGCGGCGUCCUCUGCCCUUCCUCCUCCGCCGAGAUAUCCCGUCUCCUACGCUACGCCGCCAACGGAGAUACUAUAUUCCAAGUGGCGGCUCGCGGCCAAGGCCACUCCUUAAACGGCCAAGCCUCCGUAUCAGGUGGAGUGGUUAUCAACAUGACGUGUCUCGCUGACAUAACUGUUUCAGAAGACAAAGAGUAUGCUGACGUGGCGGGCGGGACGUUAUGGGUGGAUGUGCUUAGAGAGACGGCGGAGCAAGGCGUUUCGCCGGUUUCUUGGACGGACUAUUUGCAUAUUAGCGUCGGAGGAACGCUAUCGAAUGCUGGAAUCGGCGGUCAAAUGUUUAGAAACGGUCCUCAAAUUAGUAACGUCCUUGAGUUGGACGUUAUAACUGGAAAAGGUGAAACGUUAGCAUGCUCGCCACAGUUAAAUCCAGAAUUAUUCUAUGGAGUAUUAGGAGGUUUGGGUCAAUUUGGAAUAAUAUCGAGAGCCAGAAUUGUUUUGAACCAUGCACCUAAAAGGGCGAAAUGGUUUAAAAUGCUGUACAGUGAUUUCACAGCUUUUACAAAGGACCAAGAAAGUUUGAUAUCAAUGAACAAUGACACUGGAGUUGACUACGUAGAAGGUCAACAAUUGAUGUCAAACGGCAUCGUCGACACUUCCUUUUUCCCACCGUCUGAUCAAUCUAAAGUCGCUGAUUUAGUGAAAAACCAUAGUAUCAUCUAUGUUCUCGAAGUAGCCAAGUAUUAUGAUGAUCCCACUGUUCCCACCACUGGCCAGGUGAUUGACAAGUUAACUAAAACCCUAAGUUACCUGCCCGGGUUUAUAUCAAUGCACGACGUGCCCUACUUUGAUUUCCUGAACCGUGUACAAGCUGAAGAAGAUAAACUCAGAUCUCUGGCUUUAUGGGAAGUUCCUCAUCCAUGGCUUAACCUCUAUGUCCCUAAAACUCAGAUACUAGAUUUCCAUAACGGUGUUGUAAAAGACAUUCUUCUCAAGCAGAACUCGACUUCUGGUGUUGCUCUCUUCUAUCCCACAAACCGGAAUAAAUGGGACAAUCGUAUGUCGGCGAUGAUACCAGAUGAAGAUGUUUUCUAUGUCGUGGGACUACUACAGUCAGCUAGCUCACAAAAUGUGCAAGAAGUGGAGAGUGUAAACGAGGCGAUCAUUAGCUUUUGCAAGGACUCGGGUAUUAAGAUUAAGCAGUAUCUAAUGCAUUUCACCAGAAAAGAAGACUGGGUUGGACAUUUUGGAUCUAAAUGGGGUGCUUUUUCGAAGAGGAAAGAUCUGUUUGAUCCAAAGAAACUAUUAUCUCCAGGGCAAGAUAUUUUUUGAUUCACUUAACUUAUAUAUGUAACCAGAAUAAGUAACAAAAAUAAGAUUUAUUAAUAGUAGAUCGAGACUACAGCCAAACAUGUCUAACCGGGAAAAUAUGUUUGGUUGUUGUCUUGUAGACUACUUAAUAUAUAUUUUAAACAACAAAUUAUUUUUAAUACAUUUUACUUUCUUCAAUAUUAUUUUGCUCAAUAUAAACAUGAUUAACCUUCAAAUAUAUAUAAACAUGAUUUCCCAUUUAUCCAUAUUUAGAGAAUUUAAAUUUCACUGGUUUUGAGUUUUGACAAAAACAUAUAGCUUAAUCUGGUUUGUGCUACUUUGUUAUAGAGUUUUAAAUAAAAAUAAUUUAGACUAGAACGUUUAUUCAACUAUAAACAUAAUAAUUAAUACUGUGAUAGUGGAUGUUUCCUCUUGAAAGACACACUGAUUAAGCUUACAAUAUACCACUUGGAUGUUUUCUUUUUUGACCAAACCACUUGGAUGUUAUCCAUAAAUUAUGAAUCGUUCGGUCUCUCUCUUCUCUGGACAGAUUUUUUUCCCAUGGCUAUACGUUUUCGUUGUGUCAACAUAUCUUAUUUUGUUCGCUUGUAAUGGAAGCUAGAAUGGAUCUUCAAUUUUGAAAUAAUAAUAAUAAUAAUAAUAAUAAUAAUAAUAAUAAUAAUAAUAAUAAUAAUAUUAUUAUUAUUAUUAUUAUUAUUAUUAUUAUUAUUAUUAUUAUUAUUAUUAUUAUUAUUAUUAUUAUUAUUAUUAUUAUUAUUAUCACCACUGUGAAUGGGCAUUUUACCUAGGCUAACAAAUUCAAACUCAAAAUCGAUCCGAAAGUAUCUGAACUUAAACCAAAUUGAAAAUUUACAAAUAUCUAGAUGUGUUCAAAAAUUUUCUAUCCAAAAGAACUGAAAAUGAAAAAAUCAGACUCAAACAAACCUAUAU